GUUGUGCCAUCUUCUGUAUUUAUCAUUGCCGAUGUUCCCCUGAUUUUUCGAAGUCGAAAAGUUGGUAUUUACUUGGUAAUAAACUUUAACCUCGUACCUAGGUCUGCGCGUCCCACUACAAUGGAAGAUUGGGUACGACGAUGGUAAUUUUCAGAUGCAAAGCGUGAAAGACUGCAUCGAAUGACAAUUGCAAGAAUGGCAUCUUGGCCGUGCAGACUUGCAGCUGUCUUGUUUGGUGUUCUUCUCCACGGUGUUUGUGGAACAACUAUUGUCACUUCACCAAUUCCCACGUCGUCAGUAAAUAUGUCCGUGUCAGUAAAUAUGUCAGUGGCCGUGAAUUCUUCACUCUCCGUUGUCCAAAUGCCAGAGUCAAUCCACUGGAUAAAUGGAUCUUGUCGAAUCAUGCCAUCAACUUGCAUUUGUAACCAAAUGAGUACAGUAAAUGUGUCUAUGAUCAACAUAACAGCAUCAAAUUCCUAUAUGAUGAUGACUUCGAGUCCAAGCGGUUCCUUAAACAUGAGUUCAUUGAAUGCGUCAUCUUCCUCCCUAAACAUGACAUUGAACUACAGUGGGACACCCUGUACAUGUUAUGGACAGCGCACUUGGUGUUUGAAGAACCACACGACAGUUUCAGUAACACCAACAGCCACGUUUCAACAACCUCCCAGUACCGCCGAAAACAACAACAACAACAACAACAACAAUAACAACAACAAUAACAAUAACAAUAACAACAACAAUGUCAACAGCGAAACCGCAUCCGUAGUAUUAUCGGCUCAUCUGCCGGCUGUCAGUGGAAGUUAUGGAGGGGUCAAACCAAGCGAGCCAUCACCUGGUGUUGGUCCAAGCGUCGUACCCUCAUCUGGAGUCAAUCCAAGCGUCGUACCUUCAUCUGGAGUCAAUCCAUCUGUCCUAUCUUCACUUAACUUAAAUUCCAUCGUCGUGCCUUCAAGCCUAGCAGCCUUGCUCUCAUCUAUGAGUGUUAUUCCGUCUGGAGUGCUCCAGAGUAUGCCAUCCAGUGUUUCAAUAGGGGUUGCUCCUACCACACCUGGGGGCGAUGUUGUUCCCCCACCGACUACAUUGCCACCAGUUUGCAGCAACGACUGCGCAAAUGUACCUUGUGGAAAGGCGAUCAUAAACAGCUGUGGAAAAUGCGUCGGGGGAACAAUUGGAAACGACACGGAUCUCGGAAAGGAUUGCGCCAAAGUCUGCAACGGAACGGCUCGCAACGAUUCUUGUGGUGUGUGUACCAACCCCCCUGCCAAUGACCCUUCGAGCGAAGUAUCUCCGUUUGAAGACUGCAACAAGGACUGUUUCGGUGGUGCAAAGAUCGACUCUUGCGGGAAUUGUAGCGGGGGGUCGACUGGAAAACGAACUGAUUUUUGGAAAGAUGCUUGCGGUAUCUGUGGAGGUGACAAUAGCUCAUGUAUGGGUUGCGAUAACGUUCCCAACAGCGGCAAGAUCAGAGAUGCCUGUGCGGUGUGCGGAGGGGACGGUUCGUCAUGUACCAAUAUAACCUCGGUUUAUCCAUCAUUGCUCCCUAGUACCUCCACCGCACGGACCGUUAACGUGAUGGGAGCAGGUUUAGACGGCAACUCUAUCAAAUGUGUCUUUGGUGGCGUGAAUAGUGCGGGUACUGUGGUGAACAAAACGAUCUGUCAGUGCACCAUUCCUGACGCCACAGCUGGUGACAAGACCUUCACGGUUAAAGUCACGAAAGAUGAUGGGGAAAAAACGACCGCUGACUUGAUCAUCAAAAUCUACGACGCAGCAAAUGUUAAAAUAAACACUGUUUUACCGGCGGAGUUCCUGACGGAAAAGCCAGAAGAUUUGCAAUUUCAAGGUUCUGGUCUGAUAGAUAAUCCCGAUGCAUUGUGUCUGAUUCGAAGCGAUACUCUGGUGAAGAUUUCGGCUAAAUUUGAUUCUGGGAGCUACAAUUGUAGCCUUCCUGGUUACAAAAUGGCAAAAAAUAUGACCGUGGCUUUGGCUAUGAAUGGUGUUCACGAGGUCAACUCAGAUGUUAGUCUAAACCGGAAGGUGGUUGCCGUAGCUCCAGCAGUGACCUCAUCACAGUUCACCGACACUGGAGCAAUGAUAAUAAUUGUUUUCGACAAACCCAUUGCCACCUCGUCAUUGUCGACAUGCGCAGCGAUAUUCAGCGCAGGACUAGCCACCCUAGGCUCAGACCCGUCAUGCACUUGGUCCGAUAGUCGUCACUUGGAAAUCAGUCCUGACGUAGAUGCAAGCAUUGUACCAGGCAAUUCGUUGACGUUUAAAACAGACGUGAUCAAACGGGAUCAGUUAUUUUCAAAAAUAUUGAACAAGGUUAUGACAAUCUCAGCCCCCAAUAACCCUGUGACCCCUGCGGCAGUGAUCGCUGGUCCAACUCAAAUCUCAUCCUGUGGCCAUCUGACAUUGGAUGGUAGUCAAUCUUCUGGUGGAGGUGGAAGGAAUCUUCGCUAUCAGUGGAGUCUGGUCAGUCCGAGUGAUCCUGUAAUUACAACUGUACUUAACAAUGCUGUGAACAAAACGAGUGUGCUCGUUAAUGGAACUUUUAUGGACUCUAGCACAACGUACAAGUAUAAGUUAGUGGUGGAAAACUUUCUAAAUUCAAACUCUGAGAGUACUAUUGAUGUUGAAAAAGGAACGAGUCCUUCGCCAGAGGUAACCCUAGAAGGACCACUUCAGGGCAAAGCUAAAGCAGGAGGAUCAUUUUAUGUCACAGCGAUUGCCCAGGCUGCGUCGUGUUCCUCGGAAAAAGCCUUGAAAUAUUUGUGGUCCGUCGUGUGCACGAAUGACGAUCAGAGCAAGUCUGCGAAGACUCGUGCGGAAAGCAGUUCAGGUUUUCAACAGACCUCCAGCAAAUCUGCGUUGAAGAUCGAUGCAGGCUCCUUGGUCGGCGGAAAGACGUACACAUUUACUGUGAAAGUAUCUUUGAUUGCCAACGCGAACAUAGCGACUACCAUGUCCACUAAUGUCACGGUAGAGUGGAGCCCUUUGGAACCAGCCAUUGCUGGAGGCGAUCGUACUUUGGGACGCGGCAGCGGUAAUUUAAAACUGGACGCUAAAUCCUCAACAGUCGACCCCGAUAAUGCUCCUGGUGAUUUGUCUUGUGCGUGGAGCUGCAAGGAUACCUCCAACGAUCAGCCUUGUUACUCUGCCGUUAACAAACAGUCGCAGAUCUCUCUUCCUAGCGAAUGCGAAGUUACCAUUGCAAGUACCGAGUUCGAGGCAGGAAAGGUUUUCAAAAUAAAGUCUGAAGUGAGCAAAGGUUCACGGACGGGCAGCUCUACCAUCAUGUUGACAGUUGUUGAAGGUAAUCCCCCCUCGGUCAGUGUCGUUCAGCCCACCAUGAAGGUGAACGCUGGUCAGAAGGUUCAACUAGAAGCCACGUACAGCAGCAGCGUUCAACCAACAGUUGAGUGGAUCUGUGCAAAGGAAGAUGAAUAUCGUUAUAUCGAUCUCUCCGACCAAAAACUUAUCAGCAGUUCCACCAACCAGUACAGUGCUUCUGGAACAUCGUUCACUUCCCGAGUACUCAAAGAAAACGUCCUAAUUCCUGGCUCCUCGUACAAAUUCACAGUGAAUGUGAAUGACGGUAGUAAAACUGGAAGCUCGAACAUAAUAGUUCAAGUGAGAAGCGGUCCAACUUCAGGAUCAUUCACAGCAGAACCCAGCACAAUCGAGGAAUUGCAAGAGGUUACUUUAAAAGCUCCACUCUGGGUAGCAGACUCAGACGCGUUGCCAUUGUCAUACGAAUUUGGAGCUCUCGACGCGACCGGCGCGUUUCAGUCCUGGACAUCACAAAAGAAAAGCGAAUAUACCAUCCCUUGUCCACCAGGACAUGGCGCGAGCAACAUCCUUACAUUACGUUUAAAGGUGAAAGAUAAUUUUGGAGCAAUGAAGUUGGUGGAUAAGAAUAUCACAGUGACAAAACCAUCAAGCAUUGACGAAGGUUUGGUUGAUGAUAUGGUAUCAAAGAGCUUGCAGGAGGCGAAAGACUCGGGCGAUUAUUCCACAGCAGUUCCUAACAUGAUGAAUAUAUUGAACGUGGUUAAGAAUUCAAACAGUUCAGAUAACUUGACAGAAAAAGUGAUGAAUUCUACGGCAGAAACAUUGAUAAACGCAGUGGAUUCUACUGCAUUGGACGAAGACAAAGCAAAGCCCAUCUUGGAAACUAUGUUAGAGUUAGACGUUCAAACCCUUCAGACACCAAAAGAAAUCUUGGACAGUUUUGAGAAAGUUGCGGUAGCUCACGAUGGAAAGAUAGCUGCGGAGAAAAUUGACGAUAGUCUCAAGUUUCUUGAAGAUUUGGCAGGCAGAUGUGAUCUCAGUGACUCUGAUGUUGUUAAGGAUCUGGUCUCGGCGGAUGAUGAAAUUGCCGGCAGUUUAGCGAACGAAGUAUCUCUUGGCGAUCCUGUGGUCGAGAAAUCUUCUACAAGAUGUGACAUGACCGCACAACACUCGCUCUUGGCGGGUGAUAUUCCAACCAAGAGUGCGAACGAAAACGCAAAAGUUGAUUUCGGUGAUGAGAUGCGAACGAAAUACGGCUUCUGGGAAUGCGCUUCUGGGAAAUAUUGCAUGGGCGUGAAACUCACAUUUGUAAACUACAAGCAAGACUACUAUUCCAAAAUAUCUUCAACAAAACCUGGUAUAGUAUCUGCAAAGGUGCUUAAUGUCGAGUUACGCAAUCCGGAGACUGGGUCGGCGCUGUCUGUUAGCAGCCUCAGUACGCCGAUCACGAUCAGCUUUGACACAGGUGCACCAAGCGCCGGCAAGACAUUCAAGGGUUAUUACUACAGCAAAUCUCAGGGAAAAUGGUCAGAUUCUGGACUAUCUUCAAACAUGGAUGGAACAAAGCUCAAAGUGACAAGUAAUCAUUUGACUUCGUUUGCCCCGGCCGAGGAGGACUUGAGCGCGACCACACCUUCUACUGGAAAUACUAGUACAACAAAAGCUCCUUCCUCAAACAACGUGUUCAAAGUGUCGUUCGUCCUCCCCAAUACGACCUGGAAUGAUUCAUACACUAACAUGAGCCAUCCAGAUUCCAAAGCUCUCAAAGACGCCAUCAUUGCUGAGCUGAACAAGGUCUACCUCGGUGAUGACACACUGAAGAACAUCGAUCUGGAUAAAUUUGAAUUGAGUGGAGGCAAAGUUAAAGUGCUUUUGAAGAUGACAUUCGAUGAUUCGAACACAGAUCCUGGAGCCAAGCUGAAAGCGAGUCUUAGCGAUGGAAAAUUGGGAAAUAUUGAUGUGGAUAAAGAUAGUCUAAGCUGGACUGAAUACCAUUCUCAAUCAGAAUCAUCAUCGUCUGAAAACACAGAACUGAUCGUCGGAACAGUGUUCGGUGUCUUCUUUGGUCUCGCCUUCAUCCUCCUGGGAGCUGCGUGGCUAAAGAAUCGUCAAUCGAGACGAAAGGUUGGUUCCUCAACCCCCUCAGUAAACGAUGAGGCCGACCCCCCUCAACCUGACGAACCCGCAGAUGUUGAGGAGACUCCAGCGUAAAUACGCGCCUGAUUUGCGAAUUUUGUUGUGAUUUAUUUAUUGGCAUGCAUGAAAUUGUCACUUGAACAUCAUUUAUAGAAUCGCGUUUUAGUUUUAGCUUCAAGACAAGGUUCAAUUCAUUUCAGAAAAGAAAACUUCUUAUUAAUGUAGUAAUCCGAUUUUCAUCCAAAGCAAAUUCAAUUUUAAUUGUACAAAGUUGAUAAAAAGUUUAAUCAGGGAUAAAUUCAGGAACUAUAGUUGUACAAAAUCUGAAUUCAUCAGCGUUACCCAUGAAUAGUGCUUUUUAAAUCGCCAAAUUGGGAUACUGGGAGAGCCCCAGGAAACUCUUCUCUGAUUAUAAGAACAAAUAUUCACAACAAAAUUCGUAAAUGCGUUUUUAAAACGCAUUUUCAACGAAAUUAAUCAUGGAUAAAUCACAGACACAGAUAUAAUAUAAAAUGGCCGUGCAAUUUUUCUUGCAAUAGCAAUGUUAUAUAAUUCAACUUUUGAGAUAUGUGAAAAUAUGGCAACUACGAAACGUUUGUGCGUUACUCCACCAAUGUUUACUCUUUCAAACAUUUCGAAAACUCUUCUGUCUUUUCAAAAAUUUGAAUCGAUAUCGGUCAAAACGUAGAACUGUGACACAAGUUGCAAAAAGAAUUGGAUGGCAUAACACAGCCUUUGUCUUUGACUUGGCUUUGUAAUGCAGUUCGUAGAAAAGUUCGAGAGAGCAAAACAAAACAGCUCCAUAAAUAAAUAUAUAGAGUAAUAAUUUAGACCUUUCUUCUUAAACGACUAAAGCCGAGAUUAAGAUAAUAUAUCGUAAAAAUUAUAAACUGUAAAAUAUAGCUUAACUUAGUUAUAUAUUAUUAACUAUUAUAUAUAUAUGAUAAUAAUUUGAUAAUAUAAUUAAUAUAUAAGACGUUAAAUCACGUUAAAAACUAACCUGAUAGUAUUAAAUUUUGCAUGGGUUGCACAUUAUUUAAACAAUUUCUAAAAUAAAAUUGUAUAUAUGCAUUAAAAUAUCAUUUUAUCAACUUCAUUGUAUAUAUAUUAUAUACCGUAUAUAUAUAUGCACUUAUUACAUGUUUAUAAAUGAACGAAGAGCACAAUUAUUCAUGUUCUUCAAACCAGAAUUGAU